AUGCCAUCUUCAUCUGUUACAUCAACUGGAUUACCUGAUGUUGUUGUUUCUGCACCUCAUACUGCACAAUCAUCAUCUUCAUCUAAUGCAUUCCUACACAGCGAACUUGAUGAGGAGAUAUAUAUGAGUUUACCUCAAGGCUACACUCCAGGUAACUCACAAGUCUUACCUCCGAAUGUUGUAGAUACGUCUUUAUUUGUCAAGUUCAUAGCAACUAGCUUUAUAGCAGUCUUAGUGUAUGUUGACGAUAUUGCUAUUGCUAGUAAUAAUGCUGAGGAUCUGGCUGCACUUAAAACUGUCUUGGCCAACGCUUUUAAAAUCAAGGACUUAGGUCCCCUGCGAUUUUUUCUUGGAUUAGAGAUUGCAAGAACGAGCAAGGGUAUAUUUGUAUGUCAGAGAAAAUAUGCUUUGGACUUACUGGAGAACACUGGAUUAUUAGCAUGUAAGUCGAGUAUUGUUCCUAUGGAUCCGUAUGUUCAUCUUACUAGAGACACAGGAACUCUUCUGGAUUCAUCAAGACCUUACAGAGAGAUCAUUGGCCGUCUUCUCUACUUAAUGAUAACAAGACCUGACAUAACAUUUGUUGUACACCAUCUCAGCCAGUUCCUACAAUUCCCUACUGAUGCUCAUAUGCAAGCUGCACAUCGAAUUCUCAGGUACAUCAAGGGUAGUCCAGGUCAAGGCUUAUUAUACUCUGCAUCUAAUGAAACAUGUGUGAAUGCUUUUGCGGAUGCAGAUUGGGGAACUUGCACUGAUACAAGGCGUUCGAUUACUGGUUUUUGUGUUUACAUUGGCAAGUCACUUAUAUCUUGGAAAUCCAAGAAACAGCAUGUUGCGAGCCAUAGCAGUACAGAGUCUGAGUAUAGAAGCAUGGCUGAAGUCACUAGAGAGGUACUAUGGAUUCAGCAACUUCUUCGGGAUUUCCGUGUUCCUGUUACUGCAGUUGCCAAGCUUUUCUGCGACAACAAGUCUGCUGUUUACAUUGCCACAAAUCAAAUCUUUCACGAACGAACGAAGCACAUCGAGAUUGAUUGUCACAUUGUGCGUGAUCAGAUCAAGCUUGGGAACCUGAAGACAUUACACAUUGGUACGGAGAAUCAACUUGUCGAUAUCCUGACUAAGCCGUUACAACCUCGGCAGUUUCAUUCCUUGCUUAGUCGGAUGGCUUUGCCAAACCUUUACAAUCCUUCUCUGGAUCCGGAUUGA